AUGCCGAAAUGCCAGGAGCCCAAGAGACACAGCGUAAACAGGGCAAAAGGGAAAAACGGGCGUGUAGAGGCCGCCGCCGUCGCCGUCGUCGCCGUCGCGGGCAGAGUGCAAUUUCCAGGGGUUGCUAGCAAGUGUUCCAGGAGCGAGAUCACCAACUUGCUCGCCAACUUCACCAACACCCGCACCCGCACCCAGAGGACAGCCACAACAGCACCCGCACCAGCAUCAGCUACGAGCAGAGACAUCUUCGCGGUAUCGGUACAAGGGCUGGGACGGCAUGGCCUGUCGCUGCUGAGCCGGACGAGCGAGCCGCAGUCGAGAGAGACGAGAAGGACGCCAGCAUCAGCCACGCCAGCAGCUGGACGGGACGACGUAUCAAUGCCCCCAGGCGUCUCGGGGCCUGGCAACAGAUCUGGCACUGCUGCUGCAGACUCGAGAGACCCUCCAGCGUCGCCGUCGAGCGCCGUCGACUCGAUAUUUCUCCCCAAGCGGGCGUCUGCUGCCCGUUCUGCUGCCCAACGCAUCGCUUCCUGGUCACCGUCGACCCGAGAUACGCCUGGAGUAGCGCCGGUCUUUGCUGCUGCAACAACAGCCAGGGCAACGUUAGAUACUGCUACGACAAACACUGAGAAAGACGCGGCUACAGAGCACAAGGACAAGGGCAGACAGUCCAUCUUUCGACGGCUGUCGCCCAGUCUUGCGGCGCGCGUGAAGCUGCUGGACGGGGCUUCAAGCAAGUCUGACACUGCGUCGGCUCGAAGCCAGUCCAAGAGCCCGGUGGGGAAAAUACCGGCCUCCCAGCUGCAGGAGCUCGAACGACAGAACGUCGACCUCUCCAUCCGGGUGCAGCGGCGCGGACGGGCGUGGAGCGGUGGACUGAGUGCGCCGCACCGGGAGCAGGACUCUGGCCGCACACUCUCGCAGACAAGCCCCGUUGAACCAGAAGCCAACGACCACGCCGAACGAGACGCAGUAGCAACAGCAACAGCCGCACCAACAGCCGCACCAGUUCCAGUUCUAGUCCCAGCACCGGUGGUAGAUCAUAGGAUCCUCCCUACUGUGGAGGAAAAGGACGCGUCUACUGAUACUGAUAUACAUUUGAGUACCAUGGGGACGGCGGGAAUGAGCCACGGGGCGACGAUAGAUGCUGCCGACUCUGACAUCCCUCCGCCGCCGCCGCCCAAGGACACACCGCCGCUGGGACACUCGAGCACCGGGUCAAACGCGUCAGAGUCGUAUUUUAACCCUCUCGGCCUCAACAGACCGGACUCCAUAUACUCCUUUUCCCGGGCCUCUUUCAGCAACCAACUCUCACAGCUCACAUCCAUCAGCCUACCACAACCAGCCGCCCUCGAGGAGAGCAUAGCGUCGAUAUCGAGUGCCCCGGCCGCCGUGCGAGCGCUCAGCGGUGCUGCAGACCAGAUUCAGAAGUGGACAAACAAAGCGUCGGAGGUGUUGGGGGGACUCGAGGCCGAAGAUGACGUCGAAUGGGCUGCUGCUGGAGGCAGAGAAGGCCUGGACGAUGUUGACAAGGCCGUCUCCAAAUUCGAAUGUCUGGUCAAUGUCUAUGUCAAGGCGAUCGAGGAGGUCCAGGUCCGCGAGGACAUCGCAGAGGUUGGCUCCGAAUCGCUGAAUAACAUUGUCACACAGAUGGAACAGACCAUUCAGAAUUGGGGGAAAGUAGGCGCUCUGCUACAUGGAGUCAAGGAACAGGUCGAACUGGCAAUGGAAUGGGAGGAGCUAUGGAACGCUGUACUCGGAGAUGUCGGCCUAGAGAUUGACAACCUGUCGAGAAUGAUCUUUGAAAUGGAGGAAAAGAGACACAAGUCCGUCAUGGUCAUGGAGAUGGAUAAUGAGCCAACAACAGGUCUAGAUAUCAACGAGCUUGAGACCAUUGUCGAAGAGACGCCGUCAAAUAUACCUACAAACCCACGGCUUAAUUUUGCAUCCUUCAUGUCUUCUGGUACGCAGACACCAGGAACAGCCAACCAGCAGGAUGAAUCAAGCUUGCUGGCCUUGUUUGCACGGAUGCAGCCACUUCGGGCAUCCCUUGACUUCUUACCCAUGAGACUCUCUAUGUUCCAGUCCAGAGCCAAAGAUAUCUUCCCCAGCGCCUGCGAAGAACUCGAAGACCGAAGACUUCGUCUCGAACAGGGCUACAAGAAACUGGAAACAGACUCUGAGGCGCUCAGACGCGAAUUAGCUGAGGACAGAUGGGUCAUCGUGUUUAGAAACGCAGGCAAACAGGCACACAAGAUGUGCGAGUCUGUCGAAAGGAGCGUCUUGAAGCUGCGUGAAGCCAUCGAGGGAGGCAUACAACAUAACAAUCCCACCGCGCUUGCUAAACGUGCAGAGAACUUUGAAGCAAAGAAAGUGCACUAUGGAUCAGCUAUUGAACGGGUGCUUUCUAUCAUCCAGAAGGGCAUCAAUGACAGACUGACUGUCAAUGGUGAGAUUAUUCGGCUUCUUGCCGACCUGACAGCGAGGUUUGAUGCGCUGCAGGCCAGUGUACAUGCCAUGGACGCACUGUUGGAUGAGCUCAACAGUCGACAACUACGAGAUUCUGUCUCGAGCAUUCUUACGCUCGACAGCCCUGCAGGCCGAAGCAUCGGUACCCCUGGAAGCUCUCCUGCUUCGUCGGUCAUCAUAUCAAACGGCAACACCAAUGGUAGCACGGCUAACAUUAACAACCACACCAUGAUACAAGAUACCAGCAGGCGAAGUAGCGUUGCAGGUGGUGGCAGCACCGCCUCUAGGGGUACUGCAGCAAAGCUCAAACGCCAUUCUGCUCUGCCUGGCCCAACUUCUACCGGCAUUGGACAUACACCUCGCAAGCCGUCUAUACCGCGAGCAGUCAGCACACCUAAGAUAACCACUACCAAUCACUCCGGACGUCCUGCAUCGCGGACAGGAUUGGUAGACCCAUUGACUGUCCUCACAUAUUCAAACUACGUCCCUGACGGUAGACCCCGGUGGAACGCAACAUACAACACCAAAGACCUCGUUGUAGGCCACGUCUACAAACCACAAAACCCUCCUCCUGCAUCAUCAUCAUCAUCAUCAAACAGGAACCUCCCUGUCCCCAUCUCUUCUCGUUCACCUCGUCCAUCUCACAACCAGUCCACUUAUUCCUUUGGCCUUCGCAGCCCCCUCAGCCGCGAAUCCUCUUCAUCCCCUGCUCCUGGCAGACCAUCAAGCCGCCUUCAUCGCGGCGUAACAGACCGUGGCUCCUUGGAGCCUGGUACCAGCCAUGCUCACGGAACUGCUCCAUCACCAUCUCCCUCCCCCUCACCCAGACCAUCAGUCUUUGAUCCUCCUCCAUACAGCAAAUUGCGCAAACAAGCUGCCGCUGCAGCAUCAUCCGCUUCUUCCACCAUUACAACCGCAACAGCAAGGCCAGCAUCAAGACUAAUGCCCCCUACUCCGACCCGAAGGGCAAAGACCCCUGUACCGAGCGUCCCUGCUCCAACACCAGUGUCCAAGCUAGCUGCAUCUCCUAAACCAGCACUUGCUACUGCCCCAAGAAGUAGACAGAGUUAUGCUGGUGUUCCUAGCUCUCGGACCAGUUUUAUGCCAACCAACGAUGGCCCUGGGGCUAAAAAGUCCGCUGGGCCUCCACCUGUGGUUGCCCGUCCAGGCACUUCUCUCGGUCACUCCAGCCGUCGAAGCAGCAUGCUUCCUCUCCCUAGAACAGGAGUGGCCGGUCGAUCCGGACGUGAGAGUGCCACAGGUACUCGAAAAGACGAACGGCCGCCAUGGAGGUAA